GAGGGGUCGCCAACGAAACGAGAUCCACCUAACCUAACCUGGACAGCUGUCACUAGUUUCUGUGUUUUUUUGAUUUUGCAUGUCGUUCUCUUUAGUAAAACUGUCGUCAAGACUCGAUAUCCACAAUGCGGGUGCUGGGCAGAUACAUGCGGAUGCCCGCAAAGCCCCGCAAAAAGCCCAUGUCUCUGUCAGCCUUCAAGAAAAAGGUGAGCGGUAUGUUGGAAACAAUUUCAAGACUAGAGACUACAGAGAGAAGUGAGGCUUAUGGCUACCUCCAGAACUGUGUCAAUGUUCUUGGUGUUCACAAACUAGGGCUUAAUCUUGCCGAUUUAGCCAGUUUAAAUUUAAAACCAGAUUCUGGAAACUCCUCCAAAGCACCUUCAAAUGAAGAAAAGGCUAGCCCAGUUAAGGAAGUGCAAGUUGCAUCCGCUACAUCAUCAUCGAUUCAGGUUUCUGUCAUCAGUAGAAAUGAACGAGUUAAUGUCAUAAGUUAUAGCAAAAGUGAUGCCACUCCUGCCUCAUCAGACAAAAGCAAUUUGUCAAAACCAGAAUCUUCCAAAGUUACUGAAAGCUCAAGCAAAACAGAUAAAAUAUGCAAUGAGAAGCCCACCAAACCAGUCACAGCUUCAACAGACAACCCAAGAAAAUCAGUAGUCUCCAAAGCUGCGUUAUGUGAGGACCAAAUUGCCAGUGAUGAUCAUAUUUGCUCCGAGGACAAUACUGCCUCUGAUGUCGAACCAGCCACAUCAAAUCAAAAAGAUCAGAAAGAAAGAGAAGCUCCUUUACCUUGUUCAGAAUGUGGUGCCAAAGUGAAGAGCCGCCGAGCAAUGUUAGCUCAUCUAGACCGUCAUGUCUCAACUCCUGUCUCCUGUCGAGCUUGUCGUAGAAGUUUCAAUACAUUGUUGGCUCUUGAUUUUCAUUUUGAAGAUUUCUGUGUCAGUAAAACUCUUGUUUGUCCACAAUGUGAGGAGGUUUUUUCCUGCCGCACACAUUUCAACAAUCAUGUUGAAGGUCAUAACCGCAACAACUGCCAGAUGUGUCCUGCACUCUUCACAAAUCGCAAAAACCUUGUGGUCCACAUGGCAGAUGCCCAUAAUGUUGUCAUGCUUGCUGAUGCUGCUUUUGUUUGUAACAUACCAGGCUGUGAGAGGCGGUUUGUUAAAAAGUCCACACUUCAUCGCCACUUGCAGCUUCAUCACACCACUGAAGGGCAGAUAGUGUGUAUCACAUGUGGUACAUACUUGGAAGAUGAAGAAGAGUAUAAAGCCCAUACACAAACUCAUAAAUUGUUGACUUGUGAAGAUUGUUCAGAAACCUUUACUCGAAGGCAGCAGUACCUGGUUCAUAUGGCUAGCCAUGAAUCAUCAAAAUAUAAGUGCAUCACUUGCGAUCAAAUACUGCCAACAAAGGCACGAGUUCUUGAGCACAGAAAAGAUGGACAUCAGGUUGAAGGGCUUAGUGUAGACUUUGCAUGUGAUAAAUGUGAUGAAAGAUUUCACACUUCUGCAGAACUGAGAGACCACUCCCAUACCCACAAGCCACCUGGAGCUAUAUCAUGUAAAUACUGCUUCAAAACAUUUUCCACUAAAAAAGUGUGCAACAGUCAUAUGCGCAAUCAGCAUGGCAUUGUUGUGGAAAAUGGUUGUGAAGCAAGUCUUAUCUGUGAUCAAUGUGGAAAGCAAUUUAGGUCACCUGGUUUACUAUCUAAGCAUUUAAGUCGUGUUCACAGUGAGCAAAUAUACAGCUGUUCCUAUUGUGAUCAUAAAACAAAUAAUGAAGUUAAUAUGAGACGCCAUCGAGCUCUUCACACUUCUCAAGAACAGCAGUUUGUUUGUGACCAAUGUGGAGCUUCGUUUCAGGCACUAAGCACUCUCAAGGACCACAACUUGUUUGUCCACUCUGAUGAAAGGAAUUUCAACUGUCAUGUCUGUAAUAAGUCCUUUAAACGUAAAAAUGAUCUGAGGAGGCACUUCCGCUCUCACUCCAAUGACCGCAUGUAUGUAUGUCAUUGCAAGCAGUCAUACAAAUUUAUGUCCCACCUGCGCCGGCAUCAGGAGACGGCUCACAAAAGCGUGCCAAACAGCAGAAUAGUUCAGCGUCUGGUGAAAGAUGCCAGCGGUAACUUGGUGAAAAAGCCAAAACCUGUUAAGGAAAAGAAAAUUUGUAAGAGCAAAAAAGGAACGCAAAGCAAGUCAGACAUAUCAGAAGCUCAAGAGCAAUUUACAGAUGAUCCAGUGGGUGUAGUGCAACAUGAAAACCCUGGUGUGCAGUUAUUGACUGUAAACAAUGAUGAUCAAGUGGUUGCCAUGUCUGUGUCAGAUCUUCCAAUUUCUGAUCAACAUGUUGAUCCCUACAACCUGCAGGUUGCCUAUGAUGGCUUGAACUAUUCAGAUGCCAAGACUCAGUUGGUCUAUACCUCGACUCCACCUGGCUCCCAUCAUGUUAUGUCUCUUCAGCUUCCACAGUUUGAAUUGGUGGAACCAAUGCCUUAUGACGCAGAAUCGGUCAUGGAUAUGAGCACCACCUCACAUGCUGAUAUAAACAAUCACCACGGGCCCAUGCUGAUGAGUAUCGCAUCCAGUGAAUCAUCGUCUCAGCCGGUCAUGACACUGAUAACUGGCCUGGAGCACAAUACGCUUUUCACAACACAAGCAGACAUCGGAACAAUGACGGACCACAGCAAUGUUUAUACGGACAGCUUGCUGCAUGCUCAUACAUCAGUUGCUCAUGUCAAAUCUGUUGACAGUUUCACAGAAGCUCAUGUUUUGGAUCCCAAAACAAGCCAAGCUGACAUCAGCACAAUGACAGACAUGUACAAUGUUUAUGAUUCGCCAGCCAAUAUGUGUGUAACCCAACAGCAACACCACCACCAUCCACACCACCCUCAUGAGUUAGCACCUCUGAGCUACACACCCCUUGAUCCUUGCCAUAGUAUUCUUUUACCACCUCAUCAAUCAUGGCACAUCUCUGAAGAUUCUAAUUUGGCUCAAUACUCAACUUGUUAGCAGUAUCUCUUUUCAAAUUUGUAACUGUGAAGCUUUUUUUAUUGUACUGACUGAUUUUUACAAUCUUAUUGUAAAUAUUUGCUGUAUUUUUAUUAUUUUAUUUAUUUAUAAUUUUCACUCUUGUCAAUUUCAAGAGUUUGUUAUGUGUGACCUGCAGGAAAGGUUGGUCAACUGAUCAGAAAUAUCAUGUUCAUUUGAAUAUUAAAUAUACCUUCUCCUUCCAUGUUCUUUGAAUGAGGAAGGUGUGUUUAUUAGAUCAAUCUACCUCCAAAAUCUGAAUGUGUCUCAUUUCUGUGUGUGGUGCCCUACAUUUAAGAACUGUUGCUGUUAUAUUGUUACAUUUGUGCCCUGUAAAUUUUGUAACUGUUACCUUUGCAUUGCUGUGUAUCCCAUAUACAGCUCUUCAAUAAAUGCUGAUUUUCUAUUUUUAAAAGUG